UAUUUCAUAGUUUUGAUGUCUUCACUAUUGUUCUACAAUGUAGAAAUGUGUAAAAAUGUAAUCUCGAAUGAGUAGGUGUUCUAAAAUUUUGGACCGGUAGUUUAUAUUUAUCAUUACUGCAACUGGAAAAUAAUUUUGAAACAAGCAUUUGAAAUAUCAUACAGAAAAUGCUCUGGGUUCACAAGAUUUAUCAUCAUUAGGGGUCCAUAUGAUGAACAAAGAAUAGAAAAGAGCAGAGACUGAUUUUUAUUUUUUUGAGCAGACUUUAAAGAACACUAGUUUCUGAAAUGUUCUUGUAAGCAUUCAGGGUGCAUCAUCACAUGUGAAUAUAAGAUCUUGAUGGAAUGAAGCACCACUGUAAGAUGAGGCAAACUCCUGAGUUGUUGGUUAUUUCAGCUGUCAUGGGCAAGCUCAGCUCUGGUGUGACUGUCCCCAACUGACCUCCAGGUUUUCACUCCUAGGCAGAUUAGUGGAGUCCCUGAAGCAGCCUGAAACCCCCGACAGACUCCCAUAGGCAGCAAACUCCCUCCCUGCGCUGAAUCCUUUCUCUCUAGCGUCCCCUCUGAGUCUCCUGAUGUUCUCCAACCUCCACUCCUCGCUUGCUCCCGCUAAGGUGCGGAGGAGCCCCUCCAAGUAUCCCUACAGCAGCACUGAGAACCUGGCUGCCAUAGGAUCUUCCCCCAAUGGAUCUGACAAGAAGCGGCGAGAUCCUCUGUCCCCCAGCCCAAUGGAACCACAAAGCCAUGGAAAAUCCAAUGCAGGCUUCAGAAUUGUCUCUGCAAAAUCUGCUGUUGCAAGUGGCGAUCCUGUGCCAAUUAAGGCGGUUGAGGGCAAAAUACCUCCUCUACCUCUUCCUGACUACGAUAGCCUGUUCCCACAGAAGAGAUAUGGAGUACAAGGGCAGACUCGAUGGGACCAUAUAAUUGCAGAGGUGAAUCAGAGACAGCAAGAAUAUGUGCCUCAGCUCAUUGGUAAAGAGAUGAGUGUGGAUGGCCCAGACCUCGACUCACCAGGACCUCCACGCAAUGAUAAAUAUUCCUACUUGCAGGAGCGGGCAGCAGAGCACUUACACCAGCAACAGACACAAGUUCAGAAAUUUCAAUCUACCUCUUUGAGGAGCAUAGGGCCCAGCAGUUUGCCAGCACUCACUCCCCCUUCCAAACCAGGAGCUGCAGUCCCCCUUAGACUAGUGGUAGACUCUAACACAAACCAAGACCAGAGCACUAUACAGGCUAAUCCACCUGAGGCGCCCAAUGCCUUUGUCUCCAAAGUCUUGGUCUCUACAAAAUCCAUGGUUCAGAAAAGAGACAUACCCUUCGUGACACCUCGGGAGGAUGCAAAGGUGAUAAACACAUCUUUUGCUACAGCCAGUGAUGGCAAACAUGUUUUCUCAACAGAAAAACAUAGACCUACAUCACGAGUGGUUUUGGUGUCAAGUUCUACAGAUGAACCUAAAGGACUGCCAAACACUCCCAAAGAGAUCCCCGCAGCCAAACCCAGACAAAGGUUAGUCCACAAAGAGCCAUUGAGACCUGCAGAUCAUGAGCAGACAUUAGCAGGGUCUACCAGUGUAGAGCAGGAGAACAGAUUGGAGAGGAGAGCCUCAACCCUCGAUAUCAUGAGAAGGAGUAGUCCAGUGACUGCAAAGAACACUGAGGUGACUGCUUACAAUGAAAAGCAACUCUUGUUUGACUCUGCAGAAAGCGACAUUGAUAAAAAAGCACAGUUGGAACACAUUAUGAAAGCGAAGUUUGCUGAACUUGACUCCUUCCCCAUUGCCGAUAUCCUGCCUAAAGACCCACGGGCCCACCCAGAGCCAAGCCACAGUGGAGAUUACUUGUUCACUGGAGAACCACAGAGAAACCGCAAGCUUAAAGAACAGGCAAUGACAACUGAUGACUUGGAUAAACUUUUCGUGCCAAACAAUCCAACGGAUCCCUUUGCCAGUUUUAAUGAUGGUGACUCGGAUGAACCUCAAGAGCAGGAAAAAACGGAAGAACACAGUCCUGCUUUUCAAAGGGGAUUUUCCCAAAUUAAAAAGAAACAAGGAGCACCCCAGCCUUCAGCUAAUUCAAGUAAUAAAGCAGUGAUUGGAAAAAUUGAGGUAGUUAAACAAAACCCUUCACCCAGAGAAGACAAGCUGAUCAUCUCAGCCGCUACAACAGGAUGUGUAAAACUGUCGCCUAAAAAUACUAGACAAAGUAAACUCUAUUGCAGAGAUGGGGUGGAAUCUAAGUGGGCAGCAGACCCUUUUACUUCCUCCUCCCAUGUACCUUCUGUCCUGACUUCUGAGCCCCCCCAGUCCAUAGGGGGAGAGCUUACCUCACAGACCGGGGAAAAGACCCUGCUACGGGCCUGUGUCUCACCCUCUGAGGUGCAGCCACUCACUGUGCUGAGUAGCAAUGUUGGUGGGCCAGCCUCAACUCCACGCAGGCCUCACCCAGUGAAGCCCAUGAGCUCCACAGAGAGCCACGCUCCCAUUAGCACCCCGGUAGUUGGAGAGAUGUUGACUUAUGACCGCACCCUGGGGAAGAUGAAGGCGCCAGGCAUGGUGGAGAGUGGGCCCUACACCCAGCUGACCCAGGAGGAGUUGAUUACCCUAGUGGUGAAGCAGCAGACGGAGCUCUCCAAGAAAGACUCAAAGAUCGUUGAGCUAGAGGAGUACAUAGACAACCUGCUGGUGCGUGUAAUCGAGGAGAAGCCCAGCAUCCUGCUGGGCCUCAACUCUGUCAAGCAGGCCCUGUAAGGUAUGAGGAGUGGACUAGGGAACUGCAAGAUCGAGGGAGAUAUUUAGGCUUCCACUCUAACAUCUCCUGUAGUUUGGGUGUGUUUUUUAUUUAUUGCUGUCACUGUAUUGGAUCGAGCAAUCUCUUAUUUCCUUUGAGCAUAUGCACUUUUUUUUUUGUCUCCAUGAGGAGUUGGACUAGGACAAUCUCGAGGUUUCUUUUCAGAAUGCUAGAAUGUAUGCUGAAUAGUUUUUAAAUGUUUUUUCUAGAACUAUCACUCGAUGCUACAUCGCAUCAAAUUAUUUUACAAGGUUUUGGAAAUGAAUGGUUGUAACACUAUGGUACUGGAAUUUCUUUUUAUACUCAUUUACCAUAUGCAAACAUCUCUUGUCAUUGCGUUGGUACUUUUAUAUGCUGUAUAAACCAUAAUUGGCCCUCAUUAGGCAAAAUGGAACUGGAAGCUCUAGGUAUGUUGAUGUCCAUGUCACUGAUGAAAUAUCUCUGGCCAGGCCUUUGCACAGUGGUUCCAUGUUGCCUACAAUUUAGUGGAUUUUAAUUAGGCCAUCUAGCUACUUUGGUGUCUGCUCAUCCCAAAGCCUUAACACAUAUAAUAAUAUGCUGGUUAGUGUUUGUUUUGUUGCAUUCUUAAACCUUGACCUUUCCUUGUUUUUUCUAGGGUUAUGUUUGAUCCUUUUCUUUAAAUGAUCAUGACGUGCCUUGUCGCUACCCCUUCUUGGUGUAUUCAAUCAAACACAAGUGUUAAUCUAAUACCAAAUCGCAUUAUUGCAGGGUAUGGUACAAGUACGUUAACCCUCUCAAAGUAAAUGUAGGCUCAUAGUGACAUUUCAGAUACACAGUGGUCUUACCUUAUUAGCCUAGUUUGUUGAAGCAUUAUUGGACCUGUGAUUUAGGCUUGUUCACACGGUUUGAUUUGAAAUGCAUAUCUGUCAACAUUGCUUAUUUUAGUUUUUUAGUUGCCUUUUUCCUUAUUUUAGUUGUUUAUACUGGCAUCUUUUUAAUUUGUCUAAAGGAGGAAAACAUAAUUUACAAAACCAGCGAUGGAUAGAGAACCAGCAAUUUAUUCCAUGUUUGAGGCAGUAGUGUGGAUUUGGUCACGCUAACUAUAGAUGGAGAGAGACCUGCUGUUCACUGUUUUCUUUCUUUUAUGUCUGUAGUAUCUACUCACUUGACUGUGCAGAGCACAAUCUUUUCUAUUUAUGCAAAAUAAUGUAAGUGCACAACAUGUCAAAUAUUUUAUGCAAGAGUAAUGACUAAGUUCAAAUCGUUACACUUUGAGAAAGAUCUUCCAAUAUAUUUAGGCAUUAUGAGUAGUUUCAAAAUUAACCUUAUCCUUGUUAGAUUUAAUGCCUUUUUAUUAAGCAGUAGGCUUACAACUUGUGUAAAUCUGUCUCUGAAUGUAAUCUACUCAAUGUUUCUUUGGUGACUAUGCCUUUGUGAAAUGUCAUAGCAAUAAGAAACAAUAUAAAUGAUAAACAUUUCUGAUUGUGCCUUCAGGGAUUUUACUCAUAAGACUUUGAUUACUGUAAAAUCUAGAUUCCUUAAGAUGGUUACACUGAAUUUAAACAAAAAAGGUGUAUGAUAUUUUCAAUUGAAAUAAAGUAUAGUAAAUCAUGAAA